ACGGCUACAUUUGGCUACAUUUGAGUACAUUUGGAUAAUUAGUUGGACCCCCUGGAGGAGCUCAGCAGAACAGGUGAGGAUGAUGUCAGUGAAGACGACGCGGCUACAAUUAAGAUUAGCAGUAUGAACAUCAAAGUUCUUGCCGAAAUUAUGCAACUCAGACGAACUUACACCAACAAAGUUAUGGAGAUGGAUCCCAUAAUGGAGAGGAGCUUUAAGUUUAAGAAAGAGAUUGAGACUGCAUCACUCUCCUACAGAGAAAUCCAAAGGAGACUUCAGAAAAUGGCACAGCAAAUAUCACUCACCAGUUUUUUUUUCAGCCAUUUACCUCUGCUUCAACAUCUUGCACCAAUAAAUUCUCUGCAAAGGCAAGCACCUCUGCCACAACUAAAAGUGAUGUCCGGGAACAAAGUGAAAAUGUAGGUACACAGACACAUACGUUGAAAUUAAAGAAGCAGAGUAAAAUAAAUCAAAGGAUUAUGGAGACGUGGAACUGACUCCCAUAAACAUCAUAUGUGCACUGUCCAUCCAAGCUUUGAGCACUGCCUUUGUAAGUUUAGGAGCAAUCAGUCUGUAUCAAGAGAUAUUGGAGCCAAGGUCACUACUGUGAAUAAAUACCAGCCUGGCAGCAGCUAUCUAGACAAAGAAGAAUCUGCCUGAGUUAGCCCUCCUCACGCCUGCAUCUCCCUUGCAGUCGUCCUUCUGACUUCCACUCCAACACUAAUCAAUAGAGAUGCUCGAGUCACUGAGGAUGCUAAGAAUAAGAGUGUGCCUCGCUGAACUUUCUUGACUGCAAAUACUGUAAUACCAAGUCAACAGCCUGUGGAGUCAUACAAAUAUAGUCUGGGUGUCUGAAGUGCUGGAGUGCAGGCACCAGUCUGGUGACCUUUCUUUGGACAUUUUUAAUCAAUCAGUCAAGUCUUUAACAUAUCUCGUGGACCAAUCAGUGGGACAUUUCUCCAAAUGGGGAAGCACAUCAUUUUUGAAGAGCGUUAUGAGGGACAGACCAUCAAGGCUAGUAGUGUGAUACUGGUUGGCCUGGGGCUGGCCACUGUUGGCUUUGGUGCUCGAUUUGUUCUACGCACGAUGCCUACACUGGGGAAGAAGAUGGCUGAGGCAGUAAACGGUAUACCUAAACUGGAUGGCAAGUCACUUGUAAACAGCAAAUAUUACAAAGGUGGAUUUGAGCCCAAGAUGACAAAGCGGGAAGCAUCACUCAUCUUAAAUAUAUCGCCAAAUGCCAGCUCUUUAAAAGUUAAAGCAACUUAUAAGAAGAUGAUGCUGGUUAACCAUCCUGACAGAGGUGGCUCCCCGUACAUCUCUGCUAAAUUAAGUGAAGCCAAGAACCUGCUUGAUAAAUAGGAUUUUUUUAUAAAAAUUUACUUUUUUAUUCCAUUUAGCCUUGUACAGUACAGUACUGUAUACAGUAUAUAUUACACUCUCCUUCUUAUUGAAAUAAUAAUACAUUAUUGUAUUUAUAAUAAAAUUUAAAAUAAAUGACUAGGUAUGCUUCAUGACCAGAAAAUUUGACUAUAGUACAUUAAUGUUGUGACUCCUCAACCAUGUGUGUUGAAUUAUAUACAGGUGCUCCCCGACUUACGACGGGGUUAGGGACCCAAAUCCAGGUCGUAAGUCCGAAUGGUCGUAAGUCCAAAUGGUCGUAAGUCCGAAUGGUCGUAAGUCCAAAUGGUCGUAAGUC